AUGAAACAGCGCGAUGAGGCGAUCAAGGACGCAGCAGCGCGAUACGGCGUCGCCCAAGAAGAAGUUCGUCAGAAGAUCGACAAACUAGGCCGCCUGAGAACCUUUACGGCGGAGCAGCAAGCUGCGAACAACGCGCUCCUCAAAGAGCUUCACCAGCUGGAGAAAAAGAUCGAAAAAUUUCGUGGAGAAUUCGCCGACGCAAAGACUCGCCUCGCCAUCGUUCACGAAGCCGGCGAAGAAGUCCGUGCCCAGCUCUCUGCUGCGACGGCGUGCAUGUCAAAGAACAAAUCGGAAAUCGAUCAUUUGACUGCUUUGUUGGAGACAAAGAGACAGGCGCUGGCUGCGUUGACGCAACGCUGCGCUCAAGCGAAGAGCAAAAUGAAGAAGGAACUUUUGAACUCGAAAGAGAAGGACGACGGGCUCCACCAAGCAGAGGCCUUCUGCAAACACAUCGAGACGACAUACGAAAACCUGGAAAAACAAGUGAAGAAAGGCCGAGAAGAACUUUUCGAAGCCUCACAGAACUACUCUGCUCAGGAGACUUUAAACCAAACGACAAACUCGGAGAUUAACAGUUCACAAGCCGCUCUAAGGAAUCUCGGACUGCAACUGCAAAAACUGGAUCAGGAGAGACAAAGACAGCAGGAGCUUCUCUACGCUGUCGAAUUCCAGUCUCAGUUGAUGCAGCGGAAAGUGGCGAGAGCGGCGGGGCACCGAGGCGUUGCGGAAAAAAAAGACCUUCAGGCAAAAAUCGCAAAACUUGAGAUCAUUCUAACGCAACAAUGCCAGCAAUGCCAGAUGCUCAACACCCAGACAAAGCGUCUUGAGAGCGAAUUGAGAAAGUCUCAGCGCGCGUUUCAGCGUCGCGAGUCGGAGGCAUCUGCCCUAGAGAACAACGUCGCCGAUUCGCGCCUCGAGUGCGAAUUCCUCAAGCGUGAAGUUUUAAACACGCAGAAAGAAAAGGAGCUUGUCGGUGUGCAGCAAGACACACUCAAGCUUGACGUGCGCCGCCUCCGAGAGCAACUGCGCGAACAGACUGAAGCGCUCACGGCGGCGGAAAAUGAAAAGCUACAGAGUCAGCACACCAUCGAGGAAGAAAUCUUGAAGGCGGAGCAUCGGCUCGAGCUCGCCAAGACUGCAGCUAGAGCAGUCGACGAAGAGCGUCAUCGUCUCGCUCUCGAGGCUUCCAACCGGAAAGCAAAAAUCACCAACCUGCAAAGCAAGUACGCCGUCGUUGUUCAGAAAAUCCACCUGGAAGAGGGCGACGGAGGCGGCGAAAGGUCCCAGGCGUAUUACAUCAUCAAGGCGGGGCAGGAGAAGGAGGAGCUUCAGCGUAUCGGAGAUGAACUGGAUCAGCGAAUUCGGGAUGCAGAAAGCGAGAGCCGCUCACUCUCGUUGACGCUCGAUCAGUUGCGUGCGGCGAAUGGCCAGUUUCGGCGCGCGCUGAGCGAGGAGUCGUCCUUCGUCCAGAAUCAGAAAGAAGUUCGAGACGACCUGGAGAAGCAAGUGAAAGAUGCACGCGACGCCGUCUUUGACAAGAAGGAGCGACUCCGUGGCCUGCAGGAAGAGCUUUCGGCAGAAAGAGAAAGGUUCCACGAGGCCGAAAGGUUCUUCCAUACUCUGCGGACACGCAAACAGGAAUCUAUCGCAACGCUGGAAGGCCUCAGGCGAGAAGUGGAAUCUCAACAAGAGAAGCUGCGUCGCGCCGUCGACCGACAUAAACGGGCGGUAAAACUCGCUCGGAAAAAAAAGCUUUUGCCGCCGGCAAAACCAGUAUCUUCGCCUUCCUCCCGUCCCACCUCUCCCCCGUCUUCUCUCGGAUUCAAUCCCACUUUGCAAACUAAUCUGGAGAUGGAACCCCACCUCGAGAGCUUGCGACAUCACCUUCAGGCGCUGCGGGCCUCUCUGGCGUAA